AGUAAGGACCAGGGACCAAGAAAUAGCUCCGAUAUUACAACUUUAUUUGCUGUCGAUCUUUUUGAAGUUGGUUUUGCGGACCAGAUAGACCAUGAUGGUCCCUCUUUUGAGCGCCCUCCUGGUGGCUCUUGUAGCCUCAUGUUGGGCUUCUUCACCCGAAGGCGCGAUACCAACGUUCAAUUUGGAAGAUGUCUCCCAACCGCCAGUCGCUGAUGGCAACGUACGUCUGGCUGAUGGACCAACAGAACUGGAAGGUCGUGUAGAGAUCUCCUACAAUGGCUCAUGGUUUGCAGUUUGCGAUUAUAUCUUCGGUAUUGAAGAAGCCGACGUGGUUUGCCGACAGCUAGGGUUUGAUGCAGCGAUUGCAUCCCGGUGUUGUUCACAGUAUGGAUACACCGAUCUCCCAGGGAUCCUCAACCAAGUCGAGUGCACCGGGUCGGAGGACAAUCUCUUGUCGUGCCCGCAUACUGAGGCAGGCUAUGGUAACUGCCGGAGCUACAGUCACGCUGGCGUCGUAUGCAGAAGAGAACUCACACCUUGCCCUCUCCCGGUUGGACCAACCAUUGAUUGGGACGCUGCGUAUCAAUGUAUAAACCCUUACUACCAACUAUUCAUGAAUAUAAACAACCCUCGGGUUCCUGGGGAGGUCUCUCCUUUCCUCACUAUAGCAAACCUCAUGGAUGCUGUCGGAGCCGUAUGGGAUUCUGACAGCCUGGUCCAAGGCAUGGGCUACUUCUGCCGAUUGGUAGCGCCACGGCAGCCGGCACCAGGCCCUGGUGUCUUCCGUGGUGUGUGCGACCCUGUGCUGACAGCUUUGUCCGAUGGAACUGACCUAGACGGCGAGCAAAUAUGUAGAUUCGUCUACUCAUUUGCAAUGCCCAGACCUUACACCGGAGCUCCCUACACACCUGAUACCAGCACUCCCUAUACACCAAGCACCGAAACUCCUCGGACACCUGGAGGAUUGUCCACUGAUUAUCCGAUCUCUUUUUCAUCCAUCGCUCCAUUCAUUUGCAUAUUUCCCAUUGAGUACCUAUCCUUUUCAGAAAGCCCUCCUUUAGGUGUCGAUGCCUUUCAAAACUUAGACAUCGUCACUCUCCUGACCCAAGCUGUCGAAAACGUGCUGAACAUUACCUCAUACGACGAGGACACUGUAUGCUCAGCUGUGGGUCACCUGACUAGCAGAGAAUACGCACCACGUGAUAUUGCCAUAGAUUUCAUGGCCGAACUAUUGGCAGACCUCUACCCAGUAGCUAAUGAGAUCUGCACAAAUUGGGACGACAUUGUCGAAACCAUUCUUUCAGAGUCCAGCAGCUACUUCUACAGCUUCGAUGUUGGAGUCAUGGUGGACGAAAUACCUGCCCUCAUUGCGCUUUUGACUGACUAUCCCGACAGGGAAACGCUUUGUCUUUCUAUCCGCACUGCGACUCUACUCGGUGAAGACGCCGUGUAUGCUUCCGCAAGAUCAUUGGUUGAAAGUAUAGUGAAUGUUCUGACGACUCAGGAAAAAUGCGUUUCUCUAAUCGACAGUACUCUGACUGUUAUCACUGAUACUUCAGAUGAGAUUACUCUCGAUGAUUUAGAACAGUAUUCCAUUCCAUUUUACACGGGAUUCGAUGAUGUACAAGAGAUUUGCCAGUACUUAGAGACAUCUUUCGGUCCUAGAUAUCCUCCACUUCAGGUCCGGCUUGUUGGUGGAGAGACCCCGAACGAAGGUCGAGUCGAAGUGCAGUACGCAGGCGAAUGGGGAACUGUCUGUGACGAUGGAUUCGACAAUGAUGACGCCAAAGUGGUGUGUCGGCAACUGGGUUACCGUGGUGAAGCCGUUAGUCUUGGUAACCAGAGACCUGGUACAGGUGAAAUCCUUCUGGACGAUGUCGGGUGCCUGGGGGUCGAGUCUAACAUCGGACAAUGCCCAAAUGCUGGGAUUACCGUCCAUAAUUGCGAUCACAAUGAGGAUGUCAGUGUGACCUGCAGCAUUGAAGUGACACCACAACCAUCUCCUCCAUCACAACCUUGGACAACGCCCUCUUCGACAGACAAUGGGUUCCUUCUCACCCGACUGGUUGGUGGCAGCACAGAGAACGAGGGACGUCUCGAAGUCUUCUAUCAAGGCCAUUGGGGAACAGUCUGUGAUGACUUUUGGAAUGCGCACAAUACGGAUGUUGCAUGUCGUUCUCUUGGCUUUCAGGGUGGCGAAAGCUUCUCCUGUUGCGCAGAGUACGGCGAAGGUGACGGUCUAAUCAUCCUUGAUGACGUUGACUGUACUGGAGAGGAAGAUAGCAUCGCGUCUUGCGGUAACGCUGGACCAUUCAAUCAUGACUGCACACAUAUAGAGGACAUCGGAAUCUCUUGUAUCCCAAAUGGUGCCGGCACUUCAGCCGUACGUCUUGUUGGUGGAAACAACGAAGCAGAGGGAAGGGUCGAAAUCAAUUAUAACGGAGUCUGGGGAACUAUCUGUGAUGACGAUUGGGAUAUCACCGAUGCCAAUGUUGUCUGCCGCAUGCUAGGAUUCCAGGGGACUUCUGGUGCUCCAGGAUCAGCUCAAUUCGGACAAGGCACUGGUCCCAUUCAACUAGAUAACGUUGGCUGUUCAGGAGAUGAGGAAACUAUCUUUGACUGUGAACACCCUGGUUUUGGUGCUCACAAUUGUGGUCAUUAUGAAGAUGCCGGAGUAGUUUGCAUUGCUUCAGCAGGUACAGAUGUACGUCUGGUUGGUGGAAGCAACGAAGCAGAAGGAACGGUUGAAAUUCAGCAUAACGGAGUCUGGGGAACUAUCUGUGAUGACUCAUGGGGUAUCGAGGAUGCCGAUGUUGUCUGCCACAUGCUAGGAUUUCAGAGCGCUUCUUCGGCUCCAGGUUUAGCUCGAUUUGGACAAGGCACUGGUCCUAUUCAACUAGAUGAGGUUAGCUGUUCAGGAGAUGAGCAGACUAUAUUUGACUGUGCACACCAUGCUUUCGGUGUUCACGAUUGUACUCAUUAUGAGGAUGCCGGGGUAGUUUGCGUUGAUACAUCAGCUGUGCGUCUGGUUGGUGGAAGCAACGAAGCAGAGGGAAGAGUUGAAAUCCAGUAUAACGGAGUCUGGGGAACUAUCUGUGAUGACGAUUGGGAUAUCAACGAUGCCAGUGUUGUCUGCCGCAUGCUAGGUUUCCAGGGGGCUUCUGGAGCUCCAGGAUCAGCUCAAUUCGGACAAGGCACUGGUCCCAUUCAACUAGAUGACGUUGGAUGUUCAGGAGAUGAGCAGACUAUCUUUGAUUGUGCAUACCCUGCUUUCGGUGUUCACAAUUGUGGUCAUUAUGAAGAUGCUGGCGUUAUUUGCAUUGCUUAAGCGGUUAAAUAGUCAGUUUCGGCGGAAUUCCGAAAGUAAAAAAGGGUUACAUGUUGUUUUCCCAAAAUACAUAAUUCCGGAGGUUCCUUACUCUGUAGGUUCGUAGUGCUAACGUUUUAUUUCUCUGAUCGAUCCCCAUUCUGUAGGUUUGUAAUUCUGAGAGUGCAAUAGGGUAAUCAUAAUUUAGAACGUUCGUAAUUCAGAAAAUGGCAUAGUACCCUGUAUCGUCAUAGGAAUGGUAAACCCAUUUUUUCAUUAAUUAUGACCCCUCUGAUUUGUGUAAUUUGUGCUUGGAAUAACAAAGCUUCUCUAAUCGGGGCCUCCAUUUACCGUCCCGUCUUUACCCAUAAGUAACAGUUUCAAGUCCCCUUUGACGAGAUUGAGUAAAACAGAACAAUUACUAACAUUGAAACACAUUAUUGAUGGCAUAAAUAUACCAAUGGUUCUUUUUUAUGUUAAAGUAGCAAACGUUUCAUUAUAAUAGGUUUAUUCGUACUUUGGUAUGUUAAAGGGCUUUUACAUCUUUGGAAAAAAAACAUUCGGGUUUAAUGGUUUUCAAUUAUGCGCGGUUAGAGAUGAAUUCUCAUGUGCGGUGAGGGAUUAAUUUUCAUGUAAACUUUAAAAAUAUUUAGUUGGCUACGGGUAUGAAAUGUGCGACCUCAUUUAGAUCGAAAGUGAUAACAAAUAUCUCUGAAAGGGAAAUCAUACAUCCAUGGCAAACUACUAUAGAAGAAGGCAGAAUAAUCAGGAAGCAUACUGGUGAAAGUUUGAACGAAAUCAGACAAAAAUAUUUUAAAUGCUAUCACUACAGGUAUAGACUCUUCAAAGUGACUAUAUCGGUGUCGUGUUAACCCUAAUAAGGCCGGGGGCAUCAUGCCCCCCCACCCCCCCCCCCC